AUGGCGGUUAGAAAAGCGAAAGGGUUGAUCGGAGCCGCUCAUGAGAGCCCCGAGUGGCUGAUGGAUCUGGGCCGUCGGAUGAACAUCCCAUUUGAUUUACUCGCAGUGUUUUCAGACAAGUGCCAACGGCCCACUCCGCGGCACCCCUCCGCGUCCUCCGCGGACCCUCUCUCCGCGCCGACGCCCGAGUGCGUGCAAGCGGCGCAUCUAAUCAAUCACACGGUGGAGACCCGCCUCUCGUCCUCCUCCUCGACUGUAGCGGCGGAAGCGGCGGCAAUGGCGGAGCGUGGCGCUUCUGCAGCCGCGGCUGCAUCCGGUGGCCCGGGUGGCACUAGAGGUCCUGCUUCUGCUGCUCCUGCUGCUGCUGCUGCUGCUUUUGCUGGUGCUGAUCCGCCAGUUGCGGCGUCAAGAGGCGUAGGUGUGACUGUGCUAGGAAGUGCUACAACAGGUGCCGCCGCAGGUGGAGGAGCUAACGGGGGAGGAGUUGCAGCGUCAUCUAGCUCUGUGAAGGAGCAGCAGCCCAUUGCUGCCACUGCGGCCAGAACCUAUAGCCCCGAUAGCCGCACUCCCGCUAUUAGAGCAGCCCCGGCCCCAAGGCCCGCGGCUAGGGCGCCAGCUCCAGCACCCGCACCCGCUGCGACUGAGAGAUGGGGAUGGGGGAAGAGCAACAGCAGCAGCAGCAGGGGGUUGUGGGGCAAGAUAAAUAAGGGCGCGGGCAAGAAAGACGCGAAGAAGAAGGUGCAGAAAUUGCCAGAGGCAAGCAAGGCGGAGCGGAACUCGAUCAUGGACGGAACCCUUGUCCCGGCCAGUCGCGCGGUCAACCCGCCCAUGUCCCGCAACCCCAUGUUCGAGCCCGUGGGCGCGUCUAAGCGGCGCGCGGCGAGGCAGCCGGGGCUGCGCGUGCCGAUGUGCAUCAAGACGGUGAAGGUGCAGUUCGGGGAUACGCUGGCGGAGAUUGCCCAGAACCACCGCACGUCGAUUCGGGACCUGCAGAGGUUGAACAACCUUCGGUCGGACUUCAUUGUUGAGGGCGACACGCUCAUCGUCUCGUGCUGUGAGUGCUACCUGGGUGAUUUGAGAUGGGCCAACCAACGUCGUUCCGUACCAGAGCUCAGGCCUGGCAUUCGCCGGACCUGCCGCCCGCUCUUUUCCCGGCUCUCUCCAUCAUCGACUUUGCCAAAGCUGCCUGCAAGGCUCGGCGUGGGAGGUCCGGCAGCAGGCGCCAUUGUGAAAGCGGGCUCAGCAGCAGGAGGACGAGUUUCUCUGCUAGAAGGGCGGUGGAGGCGGGGCCCCAAGGGCUUCCCCAAGUCGAUGGACGGCUGGCGCUGUGCUCUCUCUCUUCCCCCCUCGCUCCCUCCCUCUCGUCUUACUAUGUGUUGUCUCCCCACCGCCCCGCGUCCCCUCUCUCUCACCCGCAGGGCGGUGGAGGCGGGGCCCCAAGGGCUUCCCCAAGUCGAUGGACGGCUGGCUGCGAUUCAACUGCCCUGUCGUGGACGGGGCGUGGAUCUAGCAGCGGAGUUUGGGGCGCCAGUGCUGGCGUCAGACAAGGGCGUUGUGACGUUUGCAGGCUGGAGUGGAGGGUAUGGCAAGCUGGUGACGAUAGCACAUGACAAUGGCUUCACCACUCGAUAUGGUCACUGCUGCAUCAUCAACGCACGUGUUGGGCAGCGAGUGGCAAGGGGGCAGCAGGUGGCGUGUGUGGGGGCAACCGGGCGAGCCACAGGCCCGCACUUGCACUUUGAAGGUAAGCGCACCAUCGGCCUGUUGUUCCCCCACUGCACUCACCCUCUCACACUUCCACCCUCCCGUCCUCACUUGUGUGUGGGAGCAAUAGGGCGAGCCACAGGCCCGCACCUGCACUUUAAAGCCUUCUGUCUACUCACACAUAUCAAUCCCUUCCCCCUUGUUCCAUCUCAUACCUAUCCUUUUCUUUCCCCCACCCCAUGGCAUCUCACACAAGUCCCCCACUAUUCCCCUCUGUCAUCUUCCUCGCUCUCUGCAGUCCGCAAGAGAGGGGAAGCAUUGGAUCCGUUCAAGUGGUGCAAUCUAUGA